UUUAAUAGAGAAUAAAACGCCAUAAUAGACGUGUCGAUUUUUCAAGGUGUAUACCACAGAGAGAGAACAAGAAAAAAAAUUUCAUUUUCAUUUUAUACAAUUUGUUCAUGAAAAUUAAUUUUACCAGAAAUUUUUUAAUGUGUAAAAAUUAAACGAAACAAAAUAGCAAGAAAAAAAAACAAACAAAAUUUUAAACAAAACAACAAAAACUAAUGAUUGCUUUUCACACAAACGUUUUGUUUAACAAAUUAAAAAAAAAGUGAGCAAAAAAAAUAUCCAGCAAAAAAAUGUGAUAAUUACGAAAAGCUAAAAAAAAACUAACUACAAAAUAAAGCAACAAAGAGCAAUCAAAAAAUAAACUACACAAUAUUUGUUAAUAAAAGUUAAAUACCUUUAGCGGCAAGCGUUUUAAUUUAAGGUUAUUUGUUAAAAUGGCCGACGCUAGUGCCGCCUCUACAUCUUCAGCCGCUGCUGCUGCCCAACAAAACAUGCUUGUCAAACUCUCCACGGACGGUGUUCCCAAACUUUUCUGUCCCAUCUGCAACAAAGCCUUAGUAUCUCUGGCCGGCUAUGUGAAACAUGUCAAGAAACAUGAUCCGCCCGGUGGUUUCAUAUGCCGCUAUUGUGAUUCCCGUUUCUGUUCCGAUGAGGAACUUAAAAAACAUCGUGAAACCGAACACACCACCAUAGCCUGUCGCCUAUGCAAAGAUACCACUUUCACCAAUGAAGAUGAUUAUCGAUCGCACAUUAGAGACAUACACCAGGGUGUGGAUAGAGAGAUAUUUACGUGCGAAAAAUGUGGAGCCGCCUACAAGACCAUCGAUCCCUAUCGCCGGCAUAUGGAAACGGAGUGUGGCCGCAUAAAGCCCUACAAAUGUGAUAAAUGCCAGUUGGCUUUUGUGACCAAAUACAAUUUGAAACAACAUUUGGAUAAUCAUUCGGGUGAAUUGAAAUUCUGUUGCAGUUAUUGCGGACGUAAUUUUAAGCAAAAGGCUCGUUUGGUGGAACAUGAGAGGACGCAUACGGGUGAGAAGCCGUAUAGUUGUGAUGUUUGCGGCAAAAGUUUCUCCCAUCGUGAAAGUAUUGUAACACAUUCUUCCAUUCAUACCGGCAUACGUCUGGUGGAAUGUAAGGGCUGCACCUCCAGAUUUUCUUGUUAUUCCAAUCUAAUCAAGCAUCGCAGAAAUCGUCCAGAUACCUGUGGUUUGCCGCAGUUUGAUCCACCCAGGAAUCGCAUUAGAAAACAUACUUCAAGAAUUCCGGCCACUUUAAAUCCCACCUCCGAAAUCAAAGUGGUAAAUGUCAAUAAAAUCAUUAAGCCUGAUGAUCAGGUGAAAGUGGCCAACCUUAAGAAAGAAUCGCCCAAUAAACCUGCCAGCAGCAAGCCUGUGAAAACAAAACCCACGGCCCGCAAGCGUACGGGACCCGCACCCGCACCCCAAACCGCACCACCCACUUUGCGCAAGCGCAGUCCACGGAAAAAGAUUGUAGAUUUUGAUCUUAUCGAAGAUGAAGACUUAAAAGUUGAGGAAUUGUUGACCGAAGACAUGGAUGAUGAUGAUGAUUACUUGCCGCUUAAACCAAAACAAAAAACGGAGCUAAAAACUCAAGAAGAAACAAAUAUACCACCACCGGAGUUGGGCAUGUCGGAUAAACCCUUGCAAAAUCAAACGACUACACAAUGGUCUGAUGACAGUGAAGAUGAAUAUGUGCCAGAUUUUGAGCCUGCCGAUUCGGACACCGACGAUGAGGAGGAUAAAGCCCUAAACGAUUUUAAAAUACCUCUGCCUACAGCUGGUAUUAAGCAGGAAAACUAUGAUGAUGAGGAUGAUUUAGCCAUAACUACCAAUAUACAAAUAGAACCGCUGGGAGAGUUUGAAUACACCCGCAUGGAUUCCUACACGGCUGAAGUGAAGUACGAAGAUGAAAAGGAUAAUUUAUUUGAUGAAAAAGAUCGCAUACUAGAGCAUUUGUUAAAUGAAAAUGAUUAUACGGCUUUGGAAGAGCUGCGGGAAGACAAAUCAUCACCAGAGCAAAUAAAACGAAAAAGAGCUCGAAAAACUUGUGAAUCAAAAGAUAGUCAAGAUACUGAUGAUAUUCUGAAAGAGGCGGAAGUAGCCUAUAUAAAAUAUGAAGACAGUGAUGAGUUAGAAGAAGCGGGAGAAGAUAUUUUAGAAGAAAAAUAUAAGGCCAUAGAAGCUACCCAGGAUGACAUUAAAGCGUGCUAUGUUUUACUGGAAGAUGUUAGCAACUGUUUUCCUGCCCUUAAAGAAGGUCCCAGCGUUAAAGUGCCACGCAACUUUCAACCUUUCUUCUCGAAAUCGGAAAAAAUCAAAAAAUUCAUUAAAAAGCGUGGCAAAUAUCGCCCUAGACGUCCCAAAGCCGAGCCUGGCUCUGAUGAGGAUAACAAGGCGGGUAAAUCUUAUCGUUUAGCUUCCAUCUCAGCCAAGCAACUAAGAGAGCGCAUGAAACUGUUGAAAAGACGCGAUAAAUCGUGGCAAUGUGCUGACUGCAUUAAAAUCUAUUAUAUGCGAAAACCUUAUGAAAAACAUUUGCGUGAUGAUCACAAAAAGUCUGAGGAGUUCAUCAAGGAAGUAUUCAAAAAUGAGUUGGAUGAUGUACAGACCGAUGAUGUGUUCAAAUGCCAUAUAUGCGAUAAAAUUUACUUGAUGGAAAAACGUUUACUAUCCCACAUACCCAAACAUGGAGCAGAUGGCAGUUUGAUACAUAAAUGUCCCUGUUAUUGUACUCUUUAUUUUGCUACACGCGAGGAAGCUACUGCCCAUGCUCAUGACAAGCACAAAGACAUGUUGUGGUGUGAAAUUUGUGAGAAAUUUAUGACGGGCUGUGAUGCUCUCAAAUCCCAUAAGGCACGCAUACAUGGCGGCAAUAAGGAUUAUAAAAACAAUCGUAAUUUGAUAUGCAUGAAAUGUGGCAAGAAAUUCUUGGGACGCACUCAAUUGACGGACCAUGAACGCUCAGAUUGUGGUCGUUUGCCUUUGUAUCAGUGUCAAGAGUGUGGCAAAUGUUUAACCACGGCGGGUAUUCUAAAGACUCACAUGUUAUUGCACAAUGAUGCACGGCCCUAUCAGUGUGAUAAGUGUGGUAAAACCUUUAAGAUUAAGGCUCAAUAUAAAACACAUAUUAAAUAUGCCCAUACAGAUGAGAAGCGCUUUAAGUGUCAUCUUUGUCCCAAAGAAUAUCCUUAUCGCGAGAGUCUUUUGACCCAUAUGUCGGUGCACACGGGCAUCAAACGUUUCAUGUGCAAUGGCUGUGGCAAACGUUUUACUUGCGUUUCUAAUCUACAAGCUCACCGCAAAGUACAGGCUGAAUCUUGCGGCCAAUUGCCUUUAAAUGCCAAGGCCACCCAGUAUAUGGGUGUGCAAAAGGGCAAUCUGUUAAUGGGUGCCAAACCUGAACCCGGUUUGGAUUAUGUGGAAACCAGAACCUUUGUAGCCAAAGAUGUUAUAACACAUGAUUUGCCCAUGGCCCAAGAACUCAACAAUCAAGCGCGUAAUAUGCAACAAGACGGCUCCCUAAGUGAUGGUGUACCCCUAAACUAUGUAACCUCGGGAUCUGAAAUUAUGCUAAUGUAUAAUAGAGAUUAAUUAUUAUUUAUAAUUUAGUUAAUUUUAAGGUUUAUUUAACUAGCAAGCAUUACAAUUUACAGAUUUAAAAUC